AUGCAGGCAGUCGUAUUCAAAGGCCCACUGCAGGUCACUCUGGAAAAGCGUCCCAUCCCGCAAAUCCAGGACCCAACCGAUGCAAUUAUCAGGGUCCGGUACACGGCGCUGUGUGGCAGCGAACUGCAUGUCUUCCGCGGCCACCAGCCCUCCAGCACCGACUUCAUCAUGGGCCACGAAUUCACCGGCGAAGUCGUCGAGACCGGCGCGCAGGUCCAGAGAUUCAAGCCAGGCGACCGCGUCAUCUCCCCCUUUACCGUCAGCUGCGGGGAAUGCUUCUACUGCACACAGGGGUGUUCGUCGCGCUGCGCCAAGGGGAAGCUAUACGGGUCCGCCGUGCUGGAUGGCGCACAGGCGGAUUACGUGCGUGUGCCACUGGCCGACGCGACUCUCGUCGGGGCACCGGCGGGCGUGGACGAAAAGAAACUGGUGCUGAUGGCGGAUAUUCUGCCGACGGGGUACUUUGCGGCGAGGAAUGCGUUCCGAGGGAUGGACGGGACGGAUGUGCGCGAGAGUACGGUGGUGCUAUUCGGGUGUGGGCCAGUCGGACUGUGUGCGCUUGUUAGCGCGCUGGAGUUCCGUCCGAAGAACCUGAUUGCGGUAGAUAGUGUUCCCUCCAGGCUUGAGACGGCGCGGAGCUUGGGUGCGGAGGCGUGGAAUUUCCAGACCGACGCAGAUGGGCUGAGGAAGCGAGUGCUUGAGCUGACGGACGGGCGAGGUGCCGACGUGGCGAUCGAGGUGGUCGGGCAUAGCAGCGCUCUACGGAUGGCGUUUGACCUGUUAAGGCCAUGGGGACGGAUUUCGAGUGUGGGAGUGCAUAACGGGGAGAUACCCUGGACCGGGAAUGAGGCGUAUGGGAAGAAUCUGCAGAUUCAGAUGGGCCGAUGCCCCGUUCGAAGUAUCUUUGAAGAUGCUUUGCAGUUGCUGGUGCAGAAACAGGACUCAUUAGAGUUCAUGACGGCGGACAUUCGCCCACUGUCCCAGGCAAUCGCAGCGUAA